AUGUCAGUACGUGGCACUGAGUGCGUCCACUAUCCUGUCCCUCUCCCCUUUCUGCUGUCCCUCCCCUCCCUAUCCACCGUCCUAUCCUCCUUCUCUUGGCCUAUUCUUUUCCCUUCUUUCCCCCUUCUUCCCCCCCCUAUUCCCCCCUUCUCCCCUCCUCUCUCCCCCUUUCCAUCCAGCACUGAUUCAGAGCAUCCCAUUGGCUCUCGCUCUCCUCCCCCACCUCUCUCUCAUAUCCCCGUCCUUCUGUACCUGCUUUCCCUCUCUUUCCCCCCUCUUUCCCCCCUCUUUCCCCCCUCUUUCCCCCCUCUUUCCCCCCUCUUUCCCCCCUCUUUCCCCCCUCUUUCCCCCCUCUUUCCCCCCUCUUUCCCCCCUCUUUCCCCCCUCUUUCCCCCCUCUUUCCCCCCUCUUUCCCCCUCUUUCCCCCCUCUUUCCCCCCUCUUUCCCCCCUCUUUCCCCCCUCUUUCCCCCUCUUUCCCCCCUCUUUCCCCCCUCUUUCCCCCCUCUUUCCCCCCUCUUUCCCCCCUCUUUCCCCCCUCUUUCCCCCCUCUUUCCCCCCUCUUUCCCCCCUCUUUCCCCCCUCUUUCCCCCCUCUUUCCCCCCUCUUUCCCCCCUCUUUCCCCCCUCUUUCCCCCCUCUUUCCCCCCUCUUUCCCCCCUCUUUCCCCCCUCUUUCCCCCCUCUUUCCCCCCUCUUUCCCCCCUCUUUCCCCCCUCUUUCCCCCCUCUUUCCCCCCUCUUUCCCCCCUCUUUCCCCCCUCUUUCCCCCCUCUUUCCCCCCUCUUUCCCUCCUCUUGACACCUCCACUGGUUGUGAGCAUCCCAUUGGCGCUAGCAGCAGUGGGGGCGCCGCUGGGGGGGUGGCUUGCUGACGUGGCAGGGAGGAGGCGGGCGUUUCAGAUUGCCGCCCUGCCGUUCAUUGCUGGAUCGCUGCUCAGGUGUGUGUGUGGUGGGGAAACAGUCAGGCGUGAUUUAUUUUUUAGUCGACUCUGA